AUUACAUGUGCUAUCAUGUGCCGUGCGUGCAAGCAAUUUUAAAUCCUGCCAGUUCACUUGCUGAAGAUAUCUAAAUGUUAUAAUGCUGUGAGUUUAGUUUAAUCCUCAUCGUUCAAAUGACGGAACUCAGAAAUUUGUGUGUUAAAAUUUUGAAGGAGUUCUUUGGCGAUGUACCCAGUCAGAUCGGUUCUGAAUUAUCAUGGGGACCGAAGACGCUUCCUCUUAUCAAGUCUGCUCUUAAACUACCUCUUGCAAAAGUCAAAGAAGGACUGGUUGUCUUAAUUAGCAAUGGAGUCGCUAAAUUUGAAGCCAUCAAAGAAGGUCUAGCUGUUCAGUACAUCUUGCUGCCAGAAAGAGUCUUAACACUUUCUCGAAUCCCUCGAUAUUUAGCUACUAUAGAAAACAAGUUAGGAUAUGAAAGCAAGUUAUUAAUCGAAGAAGUUGUUAGACAUGGAAGUAUAUCUAUUUCUCAAAUGAUUAUCAAGGUAGCUGCUCGCUGCCAAGCUGAAAAUCCCGAGGAAGAAGUGAAAGUUUCAAAACUGUAUGAUGAUGCAGUCAAAUUAGUUUUCAAAGAGUAUCUAAUACGGAUGCCUGCUGUGGAAGAUUGCUCUGGCAAUGUUCCUAUUUUUGCAAAUACCGAAGAAAAUUUUAAAUUACCAGAAUUGAAUGCAAAAAAUAUCCGAGCUGUAGUCAAAGGAGAGUCCUCUGCAAAACUACCCGAUCAUAAUGUUGUUUGGAGGUUGAACCAUCGGAGGUUUGACCAAGAUCUUAGGGAUGAAGUUAUGAUUUCUGCAAUAACCAAGCGCUUUGAUGCAUACGCUGGCAAAUUGAUGGAAAUUUUGCUGAAGCUAAUGUACGAGCGAACAAGCCCAUGGCAGUCUGUCUCAAAUCCAAUCCCAAUAACUCUAAUCAAGGACACCUUAGUCAAAGCAAGAGUGAAAAAUUAUCUCUAUGCAAAUAUUCAGCAAUACUUAAAAGUCAUGGAGAAUGAUUCUAGUCGUUUUUUGUCUACCUCCAUUGAAGGCCCAAACAAUAUAACAGUUAAUGUCAAACACGCAGUAGAAAGCAUAACUCACACCCUCUUAGAUCACAUUGUAGCACAUCGUUUUGGAGAUAAACCUCGAAGGAUUUUUAGAAUAAUUCGCAGCAAGAAGUAUUGUGAACAAGAACAGAUCCAAAAAAUAGCCAUGGUUCCUGACAAAGAAGCAAAAAAGUAUACGUACAAACUCCUUGAAGAAAAUUUUAUUCAAUUGACUCAGUUGAGUAGGCCAGCAGCAACCUCUGGCCCUGGAAUAAACAAAGUCUUCUACUUGUUCCAUGUCAAUCUUGAUGCGGUUGUUCAAAUGGUUAUUCACCAGUGCUAUCAAGCUUUAGGUAAUGCAAUGUCAAGGAGAGACCAUGAAAGAUCUGAAAACGCAAGACUUAUUGAAAAGAAAAACCGCAUCGAUAGUUUUGCAAAAUCUCUCAAAGAACAAGGACAAAGUGAAAAUGAAAUCAAAGAAAUGUUGGAAGACUUGAUGACACCACCAGAGAAAACUUUACUAGAAAAUGUCAAUUCGGUAUUUGAAAAACUGUCGCUGGCAGAGGAACAACUAGAUGAUACAUUGUUUAUCCUUCAACUUUUUCAACACUUUCAAAGAGAUGCCAUAAAAAAUGAGAGCUAGCAAAAGCUGCUCGCUAUCUUCUUGUUGUGACAGAACUCCUGCUGGAUUUCCAUUAGGUUGAUUGAUGGUGCCUAAAAGCAAAAUUAUCGUCCAAGAUUGGGUGGAAGUACUUCCUCCGGCUUAUAGGUUUUGAAACGGGUUUUUCUGUUGGUUUCAAAAACUGUUUACCGUAAGAUAUACUAUGAAUCCCCUCUUAUUAUUUAUCAAAAAUUUUCUUUUUUAUUUUGUUGGUUUUUCCAAAUGUUAAAACCUGAUCUAUUUUUAAGCAGCUAAAAAUUAUCAAUAGUUUUUCAUUCUGCUGUUGUGGUAAGAAAACAUGAAUCCGACAGCUAGAAAUAAAAUGACAUUACUUAUUUUCUAAAAAAAAUACAUCAGAACUCAGUUGUCUUAAAA